AAACUUGUCAGCUGCAUUUUAUCAAGUGAAGCAGAGUGAAGUUGCUGAGCAUUGCUGAGUUGGAUAAAAAAAAAAAAGCUGCAGUCGAUUCAACAUCAACAAUGACAACAAAUAAUAAACUAAAAAUACUAGCUAUUCAUGGCUAUCGUCAAUCAGAUGUUGUAUUUCGUGGAAAAUUGGGAUCAUUAAGAAAAUCAUUCAAGCAAAAGGUUGAUUUUAUUUUUGCUCAAGCACCACACAUUGUUCCACCUUUGGAACAACUUGAUAAUGAUGAAGAAAACACAGCAGAUGCUAAAGGAUGGUGGUUCAAUACAGAAGAUCACUCGUUCAUAGCAACUGAACCCAGUGAUUUAUCAGUUGGCUUUCAAGACAGUUUAACAAGUAUAGAAAAUAUAUUUGAAAAAGAAGGUCCUUUUGAUGGAGUUUUGGGAUUUUCACAAGGUGCAUCAUUUGUAUCUAUUCUCUGUGCAAUUCAACAAAAAAAAAUGUCAUCAAUUAAAUUUGAUUUUGCAAUUUUGAUAUCUGGAUUUAAAUCAUUGUGUCAACCUCAUCAAAUUUACUACAAUGAAAAAAUUAAUUUACCAAGUCUUCAUGUUUAUGGUGAAACAGAUAAAAUAAUUCCACCAGCCAUGGCCAAAGAUCUAGCUGAAUCAUUUGAUGACAGCCAAGUUGUCGUUCAUGAAGGUGGUCAUUUUGUAGCUGGCAAAAAACACAUCUACAAUGAAUUUAUAACUAAAAUGUAUGAUAAUAAACAACAAAUAAAUUAAUAAAUUAAUUGCAAAUUUAAUUAUUUAAUUAUCUAUAUUAGCCCAUUUUUUUUUGUUUCGUUUUUUGUUUUUUUACAAAAGCAACAGUCACAUCACCUUUUUUAUUUUGUUAAUUAAUUUUUCAUAUAAAUAUUUUUUGACAAUUGUUAUAAACAAAAAAGAAAGUUUUUUUUUUAAAAACCCAAAAACGUUUAUUUUCUUUUUUUUUGGUUUAAUGACUUUUUUUUUAACACUUAUUUUUUUAAUCAUUUUUACAACACAAAUUGUUUAUGUAAAUCCCUGAAUAAUGUUAUACAAUAUUAUUGCAAAAUUUAUCAUUGAUUGAAUUGUGAAAAAUAUUUUUUGUUAAAUUAACUCUAAUUGAGUACAGACUUUAUUGUUAAUUGUUAUUAUUAAAAUAUUCUAAUGAUUUUACUUGAACAAAUUAUUAUCAAGAUAAAUUUAAGACAAAAAUAUUAAUCAUUUAAAUAAUGACAAACAAAUAAAAAAAAAAAAAAGAAAACAAAUGAUAAAAAUAAAGUAUCAUUUUGCGUAUAAUUUUAUUUAUCAUGAAGUUCAUCAAAAUUGAAAGAAAAAAAAAACAAAAUAGCUAAUAAUUGGCUAAUCGAAACGUUAGAAAGAAAAAAAAAAAAAAGAAAAUUAUAAUAAAUUAAAAUUGGUGCAAAUUAUGUUUGUCCUUUUUUUUUUUUUGUUUUGUAUUUGUUUAUUCGUUGAAGAAUCUAGGAAUGGAUUCUUAAUUAUUAAUUUUUUAUUAUUUUUAAUUCACUCUCUCUCCCAGUAUCAGUAAUUGCGAUGGAUUUACGAGUAUAAUCAUUUUAAAAUCAAGCAAUUAAUUGUUGAUUUUUUAAUGAUUAUAUAUAUGAAUUAUUUCAUGGUGUU